GUUACAUUAUCAGUGACUGGUGCAUGCUAGAUUGAGCUUCUUGUAAAUCAUGGACCAAAAGUCAUGGUUAUGGCCGAAGAAGCGAUCUUCAGAGAAGACAAUUGUUUCAACCACCAAAUCUGAUCAUCCUGCUCAAGGAAAUGGAAUAGAGGAACAGACAGUUCCAAAUGAAACCGAAUAUCUGGAGCAAUCAUUAAAAAUCUUAGAUGAGAAGUUAGCAACCGCGCUCAGUGAGUCUAAUUCUAAAGAUGAACAAUUGAUAAAGGCUGCAGAAAUGGAACAAGAAGCUAUUGCAGGUCAGAAGAAAGCCGAAGCUGAAGUACUUUGCCUUAAAAAGGAACUCGAUGAAGCGGUACACCAGAGAGAAGCUGCUAAUGAAAGGAUAAUGCACUUGAACACAGCCCUGAAAGAUCACAUGCAGCAAUUAGCUUCUCUCAGGGAAGAUGACGAGCAAAAAAUACGUGAUGCUGAAAUGAGGACAUCAAAAGAAUUUGAGAAGGCGCUCAAAAAGUUAGAGGAAAAAUUAGCAGAAACAAAUAAAAGGCAUGCUAAUUUGACUCUUGAGAAUUGUCAUCUGAAUAAGGUCCUUCUUGUGAAAGGGCAGAUAAUUGAAGAACUAACCAAGAGCGGUGUACAGGCGGAAGCAGAGUUUAAUGCACUAAUGUCGAGGUUAGAUUCUGUUGAGAAAGAAAAUUCUUUCUUGAGGUACGAAUUUCAGAUGCUUGAGAGGGAGUUCCAUAUUCGGAAUGAAGAGGUGGAAUUCAGCCACCGCUCUUUGGACGCCUCACAUAAGCAGCAUCUUGAGAAUGUGAAGAAAAUUAGAAAAUUGGAAGCAGAUUGUCAAAGAUUGCGUCUUCUAACUCGCAAGCGGCUUCCAGGUCAAGUUGCAUUGUCAAAGGUUAAGAAUGAAAUUGAAAUGCAAGAAAAAAAUCAGACUGUCAUUAGGAGGAGGAAGUCUGAUCUUCCAACUGGAAGUUUAAUUCCUAAGGACAGAGCCCCGGAAGGCCAUCAUGACAUUCUCCGUAAAGAGAUAAAUUGUUUGGUCGAAAGUAUGUGCAAUCUGGAGGGAGAGAACAGAGUUUUGAAAGAAUUGUUAGCUAGGAAAGAAGUUGAGAUUCGCCAGGGUGGGCAUCAUCUUGGAUUAGUUUCUUCUCUUAAGGGUUCCAAAGAGCUGGCCCUGGCUAGUCCACUAUCAUAUGAAACUUCCUCAAUAUCAAGUUAUGACACGAGCAAGAGAGAUGAAAGUGUUUGCUCAAAAAUGAAUGGGGUUUCUGAGAUGUGUCUGAUGGAUGAUUUUGUUGAAAUGGAGAAACUUGCAAUAGUUGCUGUUGAUUCUACAAUAGGGAGUUCUUAUCCUCCCUCAGAUGCAAGUCUCACUUUAUCAGACUCCUCGAGAAUAGAAACACAUGGAAAUCAGACGGACUCAAAUGGUAAGGAACUAGUUCCAGUGGGACCAGGUGAUUCAAAUGAAGCAAUGGCGAAGAGAUCCUCCAAUUGGCUUCAUGAUAUCUUGAAAAUAAUCAUGGAGCAAAGCCGUGUCUCAAAAAAAGGCGCCAAUGAGCUGAUAGAGGACAUUAGAGUUGCUUCAUACAAUGUAAUCCCUCCACAUACCUGGGCAGGUCAUUCUGAACUGCUUCCCAUCAGUGGUUACAUUACUUGGAAAUCUCCAGUGACAUCUCCUAAGAUGCAACGUUCAACAACCGAACUGGAGAAGACGCGUCCUAUCCUCCAAGAAGAAAAUGAAGGACUGAAAGCUGAGAUGAACAGUAUGAAGUCCUCAAACAAUGAUGUACAAGUCAAGCUACAGGUAGCGAGGAACAAGUGCGAAAACUUGGCAAGUGAACUUCAGCAAUCACAACAAAUUAUUGAAGGCCUACAAGCUGAACUGGAAACAGCCAAAGAAUCCAAAAGAAUGAUGGAGGAUCUUAUUGAAAAUCAGAAAUCAAUCAAUGAUGAUCUUGACACCCAGCUUAGUGUGACUAGAGUUAAACUAAAUGAAACGCUUUCAAAGCUAUCUUCUCUUCAAAUAGAAUUGGAAGAUAGAAGUCACUGUUGCGAAGAGCUGGAAGGAACUUGUCUUGAGCUUCAACUCCAACUUGAAAGUUUAACUGGCAAAACAAUUUCUGUGGAUGGUGUGAAUCAAGAAAAAGGGCUCCAGCAAACUGGCUGGGAGAUAAAUGCUGCCUCUGCAAAGUUGGCUGAGUGUCAAGAGACUAUAAUGAACCUAGGAAAGCAAAUUAAGGCCCUAGCUUUGCCUCCAACUGAAAAUACAGUUGGUGACACUAAUGCCAGCAGUAAGAAAAUGAGGAAACACAUGUCUUUACUCGAUCGGAUGCUUACUGAGGAUGACGUGGAAAAGGAGAACCUUGACUCUCCCAACGCAGAAGAACCUCAAAGAACCAUUGAUACAGUUCUCGCGACGCAGAGCCCACAGCCUGAAGCUAAUACUCCCAAUAUGGGAACUAUGGUAAUUUUGCCAAGCAAGAAGCCAGGGGUGAAUUUUCUGAGGAAACUUUUGCUUAGGAAGAAGUAUGGUAGAAGCAAGAAAAGAGCCUUUCCUUUAGCCAUUGAAGCUUUCUAGUCGUGCAAGAAUCGGGUUUUUACUUCUCAGUAUGCAGUUUUUGGUUUGAUUAACACAUUAUGUACAUAGAUAUAUGUAUCUUUUUGUAAGGUAUGCAUCUGCUGCCUGGAUAUUGACUACUUCAGUUACUUACCUUCAUGGAUUUUUUU